UCUAACUGCUUCUGUCAAAUAAGUUUCCCAGAAAAAAUGUACAAGCAAAUUGUUUUACUGUCCUGUUUGGUGACUAUUUGCUUGGCAAGUUGUCCCCAGCCGGAGUCCAAGGGAAAAUAUCAGUUCGACUAUGGAGUGAAGGAUCCUCACACCGGAGACCACAAGGCCCAAUGGGAGAUGAGCAACGGAGAUGCCCUCAAGGGAGGUUACACUUUGGAUGAACCAGAUGGUACCAAACGGGUGGUCCAGUACAAGGCUGACAAGUGGAAUGGUUUCCAGGCCGUGGUCAAAAGAAUCGGCCAUGCGGUUCACCCAAAGCACUAUGCUGCCCCAUUCAUCGUGCGGGUUGAGGAGGAUAACUAUUCCGAUUCCAAUGGGCCCUGGAAACAACCUGCGCAAAAAAAUGGAGGCUGGAAUGGUCAGCAGUCCAGUUUUAAUGGUGGUAAAUUUCACAAUGGCAAUCAAGGCAACGACGAAUGGACCAGCAACAGCAAUGGUGGCGCAACUAGCUACUCGAACCAGAAAAUGUAUCAUUGA